AUGGGCCUGAUAGAUUGUUUGUUUAUUGCGGAUGGGAGAAACCUGCCCAUAUUUGAGCACAUUGUUAGUUCUCCAGCCCCUACAUUCCAGUAUGUGAAGGACCGUCUGAACAGCAUGCACAAAGACGGUUUUGAGGAUUCUGGCUCAUCAAUAUCUAUCUUCGACCAUUUGGAGCCUGUGCUUGAUAUUGACGCGAAUUGGCGUGUCGCGUGGACAAAGCUAGACGCUGUGUACGUCAUUGUGGCAGGCGAAAGGUUUCCAGAGUAUACGGAAGUCGUAAGCGACGAUGAGGACGAUGAGGAGGAGGAAGAUGGUGACGACGCCAAGGAACAGAAGGAGACUGUCACCAUCUCGCGAACCGUUAAUGAUCUGCAGUAUCUGCAAUUCCUAGCAGAUUUUGGCGCUGUCGUGAAAGCUUUUCUCAAUGGCGCGGUGCUCAAUCCCGCUAAAAUCGAGCUGAACGCACACAACCUGCUGCUCAUCUUACAAGAAAUGGUGGACGCCUCGUUCCCGUAUAUCACCGACCUGAACCAGCUUCAAGAACUUCUGCCAUCCAACAGCAUUCUCAACAAAAUCAUUUCGACAACCAAGCAGAUCCAAGGCACAGCAUCUAAUUCGAUCAACUCACUGGCACAGGGAUCAAGCUUGCUGCACGCGUCAUCUUCGGCAUCUUCUCUUGCAUCCAAUCAGUUUCAAAAGGGCAUUCUUCCCGUUUCCUGUAUAUACGAAAAAUCGGGCAGCGAGACUCCGUGGCGGAAAGUUAAUGUCAAACAUACUCAGAAUGAGAUGCUGGUGGAUCUUGUCGAGCAGAUUAGCUGGAUUGUGCCUGCAUCCAAAUCCCCCAAGCCUGCUUACGGCGCCUCAACGUAUUACAGUCUUGGAUUGAGUGCGAGAAAAAGCAAACCUGUGCUGGCUACCAUAGAUGGCACCGUUUACUUCAACAGUUCUCUUUCGGGAGUUCCAACUGUUCAGCUGGUGCUCAAUCUCAACAGGCACGAUCUGGGAGUUCCAUCGUUCCAUCGGUGUGUUGAUACAGGUACAUGGUCGAGGAGUCCGGGUGUGGUGCAGUUCAUACCUCCUGACGACAAAUUCACGCUGAUGAAGUACAAAAUCAACCUACUAGAAACAGAAACGCCAGUGAACAUCUGGAACUACAUGGGGCUCGUGGAUGUGGAGCUUGUGGGGGGAUUGGGGAUUGAGAGGAAUGAGUUUGAGAUCAAGCUCCAAACCAAGCUGCUCAACACUGUGAAGUUUAUAGAGGAUUUGAAAGUGGAGAUCCACGUGCCAAAAGACCACACCGUCAGAGGACUGCGCAUCACCCACGGCGACUUGCAAUCCAGGAACGGCGUGCAAGGGUGGGUUCUCGACAAAAUGCUGCCUACCGGUAUCAAUUGCACGUUUAGAGGCCAACUACUGAGAUCCGGCGGAGAUCCAUCAACGUUCAAGCCCGACUACGUGACUGUUUCGUACUCCAACAAAGGUUCGGUGCCCAGCUUGAUCAAAGUCGACUCAAUGAAAAUUAUAAGCGGAGGCUCCACCAACGUCAAGCCAUACAAGGGCGUCAAGUAUAUGACGCAAACCAAUAAUAUUAUGCUUAGAUAG